AUGACGAGCCUACAAUUCGCGCCGUGGUCUUCGGACAUCGAGCUGGCCUUCUACGCCGCCCUGGCCUCCCUCAAGAUAAACUACGACAAGCUAGACGACUCCGCCCGGAAGCUCCUUGGCCUAUACGAAGUGCGGCCGACUGACGCUCCAGAGCGCUCAAGUCGUAUGCAAAUACAUGGCAGCGCCUUGACGACCGACGAGGUACCAGCAGGCUUCUAUCGCGCAGAGGGCAUUAUCAAGAACUUCAACACCAUCGAAGACUUCAAGGGCGUUGACCGACCAGCUUACGUCGAGCGUGCGGGCCGAACGAUAUGGGAUGCCAUCAACGACGGCACCAUCUACUCUUGCCCUUCCCUGCUAUCCUCUUUCGCCGCCAUCUCUUUCGCCGACCUCAAGAAGUACAAGUUUACCUACCACUUCGCCUUCCCUGCACUCCAUUCCGAUCCACCCUGGAAAGCUGUCGGCGACCGCUCGCAGCUUACAAACAAAGAGACGAACGCCCUUGUGGAUUCGGUGCAGACAUGGCGGUAUAGCGUGGAUGCGCGCCAGCACGGCUUCUUCCUAGCUAAGCGUGUCCGAAACCAUACUUCAGACGACUCAACAGAAGAGACAGACAAUCCAGACGAAGAGCCAGUGGAGCGGCCACAGACACCUCAAACACCAGCCAUAGAGAAAGAGCUAGGCUACUCCUGGGCAAUAGGGUCAUUGUCCAGCUACGAAGGCGGCUUCUUCAACCAAACCGACGCCCAGGACCGCUUCGUCUGCUUCGCCGACCCCUCAACCUACCCCGACAAUCCCGGAUGGAUGCUCCGCAACCUGCUCGUCCUAAUCCGGCAGCGCUGGCACCUCUCCGACGUCCAAGUCCUCUGCUACCGCGACACGCACCUCCGCCGCGACCGCGCCAACAGCAUAAUCCUGAACCUCCAGUCCAGCUUCGCCGAAGCGCCCGAGUCCCAGCCAAGCAGCGCACCGAUGCCCAAGGUGACCGGUUGGGAGCGCAACGACGCCAACAAGCUCUCCUCGCGCCUCAUCGACCUCUCCGCGUACAUGGACCCCGUGCGACUCGCCGACCAAGCCGUAGACCUCAAUCUCAAGCUCAUAAAAUGGCGCAUAGCGCCCUCGCUCGAUCUCGACGUCGUCAAGAACACGUCGUGUCUGCUUCUCGGCGCUGGCACGCUAGGCUCCUACGUCGCGCGCAAUCUGCUUGGCUGGGGCGUGCGGAAGAUCACCUUCGUCGACAACGCACGGGUCAGCUUCAGUAAUCCGGUCCGGCAGCCGCUGUUCGAUUUCAAGGACUGUCUGGAGGGCGGGGCGCGGAAGGCGGAGCGAGCGGCGGAGGCGCUGAUGGAGAUUUAUCCAGGCGUGGAGAGCGAGGGCAUGGUGAUGAGCGUGCCAAUGGCGGGCCAUCCGAUCAUCGAUGAGGCGAAGGUGAAAGCGGAAUUUGAGCAGCUGGAGAAGCUGGUCGAGGCGCAUGAUGUUGUCUUCUUGCUCAUGGAUACGAGGGAGAGCAGGUGGUUGCCGACGGUCAUGGGGAAGGCCGCGGGGAAGAUCGUGCUGAAUGCCGCGCUGGGGUUUGACACGUUUGUCGUGAUGAGACAUGGCGUCAAAGCUCAGGGGCCAGGGGAAGAGGAGCUGGGGUGCUACUUCUGCAACGAUGUCGUAGCGCCUGCAGACUCCCUCAAAGACGCAACCCUCGACCAACAGUGCACCGUCACGCGCCCUGGCAUCGCCCCCAUAGCCUCCGCCCUCCUCGUCGAGCUGCUCGUCAGCAUCCUGCAGCACCCCCUCCGCGCGGCCGCACCCGCCUUCCGGCCCUCCACAGCCCCCACCACAGACGCCGCCACCUCCUCUUCUCCCCCCCAGCACCCACAGCACGAACCCGACACAUUCGCCCACCCCCUGGGCGCCCUGCCCCACCAGCUCCGCGGCUUCCUCUCCAGCUUCAGCACGCUGAGCAUAGCGGGCCAGCCGUAUGAUUGUUGUUCUGCGUGUAGUGAUCGCAUCGUGAAUCUGUACAAGAGGGAUGGGUGGGAGUUUGUGAAGAGGGCGGUCAAUGAGCGCGGGUGGGUUGAGGAGGUUAGUGGGCUUGCGGAGGUGCAGAGGCAGGCGGAAAGGAUGAUGGAGGAGGGGGGCGUGGAGUGGGUGGAGAGUGGCGAUGAAGAGGAGGGAGAGGGUGAGUUGAUCUAA